AUGGGAGCUCUCUCUCCCCGGUGCUGCCUCCCUCUGCCCUCGCACACCCCGCGCAGGGGCCGAGCACCGUCCCCGGCCUCCCGCCGAGCACUGCAGGCUUCGGCGCGGCGGGGCCGACGAGCUGCGCUGUUAGCCGGGUGCCCGGGGGAGGCGGCGGCUCCUGGCACCCUCUUUGCUGCUCCUCUCCCCGACCCUCGGAGCAUAGCGCGCCCGCGGAACUGCUCCACCGCGGGCGGCGGCGGAAGGGACGGUAGAGCCCCGGCGCCUGCGCCCCGCCGCGCUCCUGCGGUGGGGAGCGGGGGAGGCCGGGCGAGGGGGGCAGCCGGGACGCGGCCCCAGGCGAGCUCCUCGCUCACCCUUUGCGCAGCGGGCGGCGGAGUCAGCGCGGAAGGGCCGCGCUGUGGGUCGGGGGAAUCCCCGCCUCCCGCGCCUGCCCUCGGGCCUCGCACAAACCCCGCCGGUCGCGGAAACCGCCCCGAAGGAGAAGUUGUUCCCCCUAUCGCCCCGCACAUCCCCUCCCGCAGCGCAUCCGCCCGCCCGCCCCCCGGAUCCCGCUCUCCCCCCCCCGCCCCCGGCUGCUGGGCUCUGGCUGGGAGCUUCCCUGCUCGUCUCGCUUUGGUUCGGUCGGUAGCGGUGUGCCGAGGGGAGGCUCCGUCCCCAAGGCAGCCUGCGGGGGAAGUGCGCUGGGUGGGGGCAGCCAGGAAAGGAGGAUCUCUCUCGGCGGCUUCUCCUAAAAUCCAUCAGCGAGCUGCGAGCAGGGAAGAGUUUGGCACCGGGCAGGCGAGGCUGGGCUGCCUCCGCAGCCGCGAUGCCGCUGUACUGAGCGCGGCUCUGCAACUCGGGGGGACGGAGCUCACCCCCCCACUUCCACCACCGCCCCCCCUCGCAGACCCAGUCCAGCGCCAGCAGCACUAG